UUCAAGGGACACAGAGAAAUCCAAAAAGCAGAGAGAAGGAAGGGAGGGGGAGCACAGAGCAGAGGGAGAGGGGGGAGAAAAGAAGAAGAAGAAGAAGGAAAAAAAAUACAUUUAAAAUAUAUAUUUAUAUUAUUAUUAUUAUUUAUUUAUUUCUCUCCCAGCCAGUAUGGAUGCAAACUGGAGCAGUUUUAUAUUCCAGACCCCUCCUCCUCCCCCCUCUGAACCUUUGCAGGUUGAGCUUCUUCCGGUAUUGGCCACCGUCUCUGCGCCUCCAGAUGUAUCAUCCCUCACUCAAUCAAUGGUGCCUAAUUUGGUACCCCAGCACCAAUCCACUGUUGAUACUGCUGCUCUUAAGCAGGUGGUACCCGGACUGGCAUCCCCCCAGCAGAUGCAAGCAAACUCCUCUGUUACAGGCCAGGCAUCCUCCAUUUCAUCUGGUAUGUCAAUGGCCCCUUUGAUGGAACUUCCCAAGAAAUCAAAAAGUCGGGGUCCCUAUAUCUGCACCCUUUGUUCCAAGCAGUUUAAAAAUGGCUAUAAUUUGAGAAGGCAUGAAGCAAUCCACACAGGUAUUAAACCAGCUCGAGCACAGCCAGCAGUAAAGAUGGCCACGAUGGUGCCUCUUAGCUUGCUCAGUGUGGCGGGAACUCUGGGGGGAGGCACAGAGACCUUGGAAGUCCCAACUUCCCCUUCAACCCUUCCUCUCCCUGGGCCCUCCCCAACAGCCAAGAAAGUGCGUAAAAACCACGCCUGUGAGAUGUGUGGGAAAGCCUUCCGUGAUGUCUACCACCUCAACCGCCACAAGCUGUCGCACUCUGAUGAGAAACCAUACUCCUGCCACGUAUGUCAGCAGCGUUUUAAGCGAAAAGAUCGCAUGACGUACCACGUGAGAUCACACGAUGGAACUGUGCACAAACCCUACAUUUGUAGCCACUGUGGAAAAGGGUUCUCACGUCCUGAUCAUCUGAACAGCCAUGUCAAGCAGGUUCACUCAACCGAGCGUCCAUUUAAAUGCCAGACCUGUGAAGCUGCUUUUGCCACAAAGGACCGACUUCGUGCGCACAUGGUCCGACAUGAAGAGAAGGUACCGUGUCACGUGUGUGGAAAGCUGCUCAGCCCUGCAUACAUUACAGACCACAUGAAGGUCCACAACCAAGGCCCCAACCACGUGUGUGAACUGUGUAAUAAAGGGACCGGCCAAGUUUGUCCUAUAGCUGAUCCAUCGUCCUCUGUAACUGCAGUCCUGCCGAAUGCUGGGGUCCCGGGGAUGGUCCCCUCCCAGCCCUGGUGACUGGCUGCCCUAGAGGAGGGUGCAGAUAGUGGCACCUUUCUCUAUUGAUGUCUAUGUACAGAUUGGGGGGAUCAAACCCCCUGCAUCCAAUCCGUAUUUUGGCAAGCUCUGCUGGGGUGAACGUGCCAUUUCCCCCAACCUGGAGGGUAUUGAAAUCGUAAGGCAUUCUGAGGAUCAUCCCAACUGGCACUUCUAGGUGUUACUUUGUUGUCCCUUAUAGUUACCAGAUGCCAGCACAACUAGACCUUGCUGGAUACAGCACCAAAGGGGUAACUUUAUUCACUACACCCCGAGGUUGGGAAAGAGUAUUAGUUUAUAAAGACAUUUUCACCCAUUUUCUAGCCAGGACCAUUGUCAUAGGAAUGAACAAUACAGUGUAACCAGCACUGGCGGCCUAGUAAAGGCUAAUGGGGUGAUACCAGCUGCGCUCCUGGCUUGGGAUUUGUUAAUGAGAUGAGACUCUACUUUGCUGCUGGCAUGGAAUUGGUUAAUGGGAUGAGGACCAGCUGAGCUGCUGGCAUUGGAUUGGUUAAUGGGAUGAGAACUGGUUGGGCUGCUGGCAUGGGAUUGGUGAAUGGGUUGAGGCCCAAAUGGUCUACUGGAAAGGAAGGAGUUUAUGAAGGCGUACUGUGAAUGGGCAACUGGCAUUGGAGGAGUCAAUUGAAUGAUAUCCUUUUGCGGCCACUGGCAUGGGAGGAGCUAAUGGCAAGUUCUCCAUUGAGCUAUAAAUGGUACAGUUGGUAAAGGAGUGGAAUGGCACCCAGAGCGCUUGCGUAGUGACACUAAAUACCUUUAGAUAUUCCCUCUGGUUUAAAUCUAUAUAUAAUACAUAGUAUAUAUAUUUUUAUAGCCCUUCAACUAACUUAGACAUGGAAAGCGCCCAUACCAGGCGGUAUGGAGAUGGUAGGGGGAAUGAGUUGGGUCCAUGGCAAUGGAUGUAUGAGUGAGGAUUGGUCUAGCCGAUAUCAAGAUGGUGUGCCAGCCUCAGGUAUGAGAUCAGUAAUGCAGUGGCAGAGAUACGGGCUGUGCCAGCCUCAGGUAUGAGAUCAGUAAUGCAGUGGCAGAGAUACGGGCUGUGCCAGCCUCAGGUAUGAGAUCAGUAAUUCAGUGGCAGAGAUAUGGGCUGUGCCAGCCUCAUGCAGUGGCAGAGAUACGGGCUGUGCCAGCCUCAGGUAUGAGAUCAGUAAAGCAGUGGCAGAGAUACGGGCUGUGCCAGCCUUGUAAAAGCAGUAAUGGAAUAUCAGAUAUGGACAGUGCAAGCCUUUUAUGACAGCAGUAAUGGAAUAUCAAAGAUCUGGGCAGUGCAAGCUUUGUGCGAUUGUUAAUUGAAUAUCAGAGAUAUGGGCAGUAUCAGCCUUGAAUAUAAAUCCGUCAUGGAAUAGUGAAUAGUGUGUUAAGUGAGGACAGUACAGGGAUAGCUGAGGAGCUAAACUACCUUCUAUAGUAUGGCCUCAGCAUGCUUGCUCCUGCACCACCCACGAGCCAUUCAUUUCUCACCCUCUGUUCUGCAGUUAAUCAUCAUUGCUCAGAAAGACAUGGGUGUAAUAAUUAACUCAGGCUGUCCCCAAUUCACUAAAGUCAAGGGGCACCCACAGCACCAAACACUAUUUCAGUAAUUAUGGUGCAGAGAGUGUGCAAGUGCCAUAACCCCCAGCUUAUGAGCCAUUUGACAAUACUGGGAUUGUCCCGGUUCAUAAGCUCUUAAAUGGCAAUGAUAUGUUGGGGGGUGUUACCCCAGUGCUGUCAGCUUGGCAUGCUUCUCUUUGAAACCAGGAAUCUCCAUGCAUCUGUUAGUCAAUCUUCCAAUAUUUGCCUUGUCUUGGUUCUGCAAAGUGUGCCUAUUUCAGCAUUUUGCUUAGACUUGGCACACAGCAGCUGCACCCCCUCCAUAACGCUGCAUUUGGCCUUUCCUGUUCUAUGAUGGUACGCAGUCACCCCAUCUUCCUUUACAGUAAAAUAGACUACCGCUCCGCCCCUCCCCCCCCCCUUCACUGGCACAUCCUGGCAUUCCUACCCCUCUGGCUGGGCACAUCACAUCCUCUCCGUUAUUCCCCUGCCAUUCUUGCUUGUGUAAUCUGAUUACCUAUGUAUUCCCUCCAAGAGCUCAAUAAUUUUUUAACUAUUUUAUUGUUUUAAAUAGCAUUUAACAAAUUAUUUUGUGAAUUUUGACUUCCAAUAUAAAAUAUUUUUAUCAUAAUUUAGCAGGCACAGUAGAACCUUUUUAACCCCUUAAGGACACAUGACAUGUCUGACACG